AUGGAACUGGACCUCGGCCUGGACACAUCGGAGCCAAGCGUCCUCGAAUGGGCGAGAACGCAAGGCGUUUGCGUGAACUAUGAGACAGAGUUACUGCACAUUCGCCAUCUUCAGUCACCACUAGACGAUGAGUUUGAUCGAUAUCUUCACGAACCCUCCGAUGCGACCAUCGACACGGCUGUCAGCGGGCUUGUCAAAGAAAAGCUUACGGUAAACAAAGACACUGCGUUGCUCCUCAAGGCAGCGCAUGCUCUUCAAGAUGAACUUGCAAGCGACCUGACGGUUACUAAUAGCCGGACCUGGAGUCGCGAUCUACGUCAAGAGCUACCUGUGCUAGGAUCUGAUCAUGAGCUUGAUUUGCUCAGCUUCGGUGAUACACCUGUGCCAGACUUCAAGAACUCACAGAUUCCUUCGGAGAUCACGGUAGAAGAAAAUGACGAGGGCUUUGGCUGGCCAACCAGGUAUCUCGAUUACCCUGCACAGUGCGACGCGCGGGUCAAAGCCGAAAAGCUCGCCAUCUCACGGGAGGUGUUGGUUUAUCUGCAGGACACUGUUCGAGACGCGUAUGUUCCGGAAGACGGCCAAAGGCUGGAGGCAGAGAGCCUGAUACGAAAACAAGUAUGUCAUACUGCCGACUCGGUUAUCAUUGAGGCGCAGGCUCUGCAGGAGCGAAUUCUGGCAGCGGACGCUGUUCUUCGCACAAACUCGAAUAGCAGUGAUUCGAUGCUAUUUGAUCUUACUCACCCCCCUCAAUUCAGUCCUCACUUCGAACCAACCAGUUCGCCCAUACUGAAGCGUCGAGCUGAGGAUCUCAAAGUGGAAGGUCCUCUUACGCCAUCGAUGUGUUCUAGUUCGCCCAUGAAAAGGCUAAAGUCUGUGUCUUUCGCGGACGAAUCCUUACUCUACAAGCCAUGGGGUGAGGAUGACGAAGAUAGGGUUGACUCUGACCAAUUCUUCCAUGAAAUCGAAGAGCAGGCUAGGCGCGCCAACAAGAAAAUCGAGAACGAACGACUGUCCGGCGCUGACACGAUUGCAAGGGUCGAUGUUCCAUACAUGGACUUCUCGCUGCCCAUUGCACCAUGGAUACAGUACAGUCGGCGCAAGGGUGGAGAUCAUCUACCUGAUGACACGGAACUGCAAGCGCAGACGAAAUUCCUCUUACGCAUCAAGCGAGAGGAUCUGAGAUUGGCGAAGUCCUGGCAUGGGCUUUCGAUCCCGGAACGAGAGUUGAAGUGGGGCUUUCUCACUACCAAGGUGUCUACUCUCAGUCUCGAAGAAAAGCUUCAUGGCGAGUCGGAAGUUACUAAGAUCGUCGCUGAACUGACUACGAGCGAUGUCGCGACUAGCUCAGCGCAAGUGUGGAAACGCGAAGGCCUGCGUAUCCUUGACGAAGAUGAGGACGAGGAAGAUUUGGAUCCAGAGGAAUACGAUGAGCGAAACGACAUGGAGGCUCUGUUACGCAAGCGAAAACUUGAAAUGGAAGAAGAGGUCGUGGAGAAGCAUCGCAGGCGCACCUCUUCGCAGCCAACUGCGCGUCCCCAGAUCCGAUCCUCCACAAAGAUGCAAGAGAACCACCACUUCGGAGAACGCGAGCCAACAGAAGACCAGUCGGCGAAGACCCGAUCGAAGAGGCUGGACCAUGCCUCCCAGAAACCGCAAGCCGCCAAACAAGCGACUGGAGACCUGAUGUUUGGUGGGUUCUCGGCAACAACCGCGCUUAACAAGUUCAUGCAGACGCGAGGGAAGCCAGUAGAUCGCGUAGAAAGUAGUACUGCAAAAGCGUCUGAUUCUAGGGAUCACGCUCAACCGAGAACGCACACCUUACCGGUUCGAUCAAGGGGGUCUUCAUCCGACCAGCCAGUGGAUCAGGCUCAGCAGGCGCAAACCACCAACAAGCCGUUACCUAUGCUCCCUACUGUUCCGAAUAACCUGGCGCCUUGUUCUUUCGUGAUCUCAUCAACCUUCCUACAACAAAGGGGAAUGCUGAAACUGAUCGAAUCCAUCCAUCCAAGCGCAGAGAUGGUGUAUCGAGAUUACACUUUACCGCACUCGGCAGCCAAAGAAGCUGAAAUCAUACUGUCACCAUCAACCGGCCUCAUCUUCACUACUUUACAGCAGGUCAAACAAAGAGCUCUCCCUGGUCAGUCAGAAAGAUCGCCAGUGAAAGAACGCAUGUUGAAGCUCCAGUUGCGGUACGAGAGACUGGUAGUGCUGGUGAGUGAAGGCCUAAGCCGCGAGAUGGAAGAGCUAGGAUCGAGCCGACCAGAUGACCCACGAGAUACAGAAGCUCUGAGAGCUUUCGAUACGUUCGCCAGCAAAUUAGAAGGCGAAGUACUUGUUCGAUAUGUUCGUGGAGGGGAACAGGCUCUGGCGCGGUCCACUGUUGUUGAGAUGGCAAACUACGGACUGCCAUAUGGCUCAGCAGACAUUGGCGACAUCAAGCCUGUGGCGCAAGAGACAAGCUGGGAAGUCUUCCUCCGUCGAGUCGGCCUCAACCCAUUCGCUGCUCAAGUGAUCAUGGCAUGGCUCCGCAAACCCUUGAACAUGCCGAUAGCUCCUUCUUCGACCCAUCACGCGAAGACUGUCUCAGCAUUUGGUCUCGCCCGCUUCUUACUGAUGGGUGAAGAGGAGCGAAUCCAUUCAUUCCAAGCUUUGAUGGGUGGAUAUCGCGUUCUGAUGAGGGUUAGCGAGCUAAUCGACCAACGGUGGGUCAGCGCUGUGCAUGGGUUUAGGAUGUGA